AUGAGUUACUGCCAAACAGACAGAUAUUUAGUAAUUAGAAAUCAAAAAAGCGGAUUAGUUUUAGAUGCCAGCGAAUAUCUGGUGAAACUUCAGUACUUCAUGGGAUUUCCGCCACAACUAUGGAAAUUGGAAAGUGCAGGUCUUGGGACAUUUUUUAUUGUGAAUAAAGGCAAUGGACAAGCACUAGACAUACAAGGAGAAGCCAACAAUGGGAACAACCUUAUCACUUAUGCUAAACAUGGUGGUAUCACUCAGCAGUGGUUCAUAAAUUCUGACGGAACCAUCGUCAGUGCUGUUGGAGACUGGGCGAUUAAUAUUUGUCAAAGCAGUUAUUUCGCUGGAAAUACCAUAAUAGCUUACAACAAGCACGGAGGACCCAAUCAAAAGUUUCAUCUCCAAUAUGAAUAA